AUGGGGAAUCCUAAAAGAAAGUCAAAGUUAAGUAGGGAAGAAUUGUUAGAUAAGAAAAGAAUCGCAGAGAGAAAAAGGAAAGAAAAAAUCAAGAGUGAUCCAGUAAAGGCAGAAGAAUUACGAAGGAAAGAAAGUGAACGCUAUCAUAAGAAAAAAGCAGAAGCGAUGGGCGGCAAGAAGAGGAAAAAGAAGGAGCAAGAAUCUGAAAGCAUUUCGGUAAUCCAGAGCUCUGAUAGUGACUCCGAAUACUCUGACGCGUCAGAGUCGCCACUGGACAAAUACAAACCAUAUAGGAACAUUCAGUCCGGUCAGUGCCGCAUUAUCUUCGACGAAGGAUCUUCAAAUUCGGAAGCUGAACCGGACCCAUAUGAAGACAAUGACGGUGAUUAUGGCUCCGAUGAGAACUAUGAGCCACAGCAGCAGCUUGCUUCCUCUAGUUCUUCAGAAGAUAUAUUUUCAAAUAGAAGGCAACAUACGUCCCGAGGCCCGGUUGCUUUAUCGGAUUCGAGUAAGUCGCAUAUCCUGAAUUUAAGUUCAGAUACUGAACCUGACGAUAACCCUAACGAACAUGGUGUAUCAGAUUCAAUAGAAAAUUCACCAUCUCUUGUCGUAUCUCUGUUUUCUCAGUCUGAUAAUAUAGAUUCUACAGUACAACGAAAAUCUCCAGAACCUGAAGAGCAGUUGUGGUCAAAUACUACUGACGGAAUUCCCGAUUUUGAGUUCGAUUCCGCUUCACAAGCGACUGUUAGAUUUAAAGACACACACUAA